GACGGAAUUGCCCUUGGCCGUAGAUGAGGACGGCAGGCCGCCACAUCACUCCGUGUAGCUCCCUCCUCUCGCUUCGUUUCUAGGGCUCCUAUUUCGUUUCUCCUUCUCCUCCUUCGAUCAGCCAUCGUCGAUGGCCACCGCUUUCCUCCCUGGGAUCUCUCAUUCCUGCACCAAUUUUCCUCCGCCAGCACCGGCUCCGGAGAAGAGCCGCCGAUCGGUCCGACCCUCCCUCCGCAGGUGCCGCAGUGGGGCAGGGCGGUUUCGGGCCAUGGUGCAGCAGCAGACCUUCCAGGGCCCCCCGGCAGCCUACGCUAGGGAGAUGGAGCGCCUGUCCGCCAAGGAAUCGCUUCUGCUAGCCUUCAAGGAUGCUGGUGGCUUACAGUCGUUGAUCAGUGGGAAGACAACAGAGAUGCAGCGGAUUGAUGUCAAUGAGAGAAUAGUUGGUCUCGAGCAACUGAAUCCCACUGCCCGUCCUACGACAUCACCUUUUUUGGAUGGUCGAUGGAACUUUGAAUGGUUUAGUGCUGGAAGCCCUGCAUCAUUCGCUGCAAGAUUUGUGUUUGAGAGAUCACCUACAACACUAGCAAAUUUAUUAGGCUUGGAUAUGCUGUUAAAGGAUGGGUACUCAAAGAUCACAGCAAAUCUUAGGUUUUUGAACUCUAUAGAGAGCAAGUUCUUUCUAACCACCAAAUUGUCAUUAGAAGGUCAUAUGCGGAUGAAAGAAGAGUAUGUUGAGGCUUUGUUGGAUACACCAACAGUUAGUCAAGAGGUCGUACCUGAACAGUUGAAGGGGCCACUUGGACAAGCAACGGGUGCUUUGGAACAACUUCCACUACCAAUUAGAGAUGCCUUUGCAAACGGAGUGAAGAUUCCACUGAGUGGAACUUUUCAACGCCUGUUUAUUAUCUCCUACUUGGAUGAUGAAAUAUUGAUCACAAGGAACUCAGCCGGAGCUCCUGAUGUUCUUACAAGAUUGGAAAGUUCUCCGGCAUCGGCACCAUCAGACACAGUGAUCUAGGAGCAUGAGAGUUGAAAAACUUCUGGGAAAGGCAUCCUCCUGCUUAAUUAUUUUGCUUCUACGAUCAAUAUUGUAGGUUAAAUAUUUUUCUUUUUUUGGUUCAGCAGCAACUAAAACCCUGCUUCUGUUGUUGCAUUAAUUGUUCUUAGAGCAUCAUUUUAACCUUUUAUUUUCCAUAUGUGAAAGGGUCUCAAAGUCUAUUUGUUUUUA